AGAAAACUUCCCUCUGUUUGUUUUUGGAGGUGUUUUUGGAGAAAGGGGGCUGUUUUAAGCUAUUCCAUUUUACUCUUGCAGUGAAUCAUAUCUAUGAGAGCCCCUGUAUGUCUGCGUCCAGAUCUUCUCUUAAAAAUCAAAGCAAGGAGGUAGGUAUGUGUCUCAUGGCAUAAGUAUUUUAAUGUAUUUUUAAUUUUUGUUGGAAGCCGCACAGAGUGGCUGAGGAAACCCAGCCAGAUGGGCGGGGUAAAAAUAAUAAAUUAUUAUUAUUAUUAUUAUUAUUAUUAUUAUUAUUAGCUGAGCAGCCUGAAUGAACAUCAGAAUUUGUGUCCCAACCACACACAAAGAUCGUUCUCACCCCAUUGGAACAACCCUAAGGUUGGAGAAGGAGGCAGAGUGGAAGGAACCAGCAGAAAGAAAAGUUAGAAUUACUCAGAUCCAGCUCUAGCAAUGGUAUAGGGCAAUCAGGUCAGAUUAUAUGUUGUUGUUGUUUAGUCGUUUAGUCGUGUCCGACUCUUCGUGUCCCCCUGGACCAGGCACUUCUGUCUUCAGAAGACAGAUUAUAUAGGAGCACAUAUGAAAUGACCUUAUAUCAAUUAAUCGAUCCAUCUAGCCUAGUGUCAUCCGCUCUGACUGGCAGCAGCUCUCCAGGUUCUUGGGUAGAGAAAGGCUUUCCCAGCAGCUGCUUCUUGGUUCAUUUGUUGGUUUAACUGGAGCUGCCAGAAACUAAGCUUCUCCCAAACCCCUUUCCCUCCCUCCAUUUGGUAUAAGAUUCCAAGCCCCUUGCAGGGACUGUCUCAGUGUGCUUGGGUGACCUGAAAGCCUCCGUCUAAAAAGAUAUCAUUGCACUAAGAGGUUGCAUGUUCCUCUAAAGCAAGGGGGGAGAGGGGGGGAGCCAUAGGCCUCAGGGCCACAUGGACCUCCCCAGGCCUUCUUCCCUGGUCCUCAGGCCACACACCCUCCCCAGACACACCUCCAUUCCCCAGGUUGCUUCCCUCACGGCCCGGGCUUCACUUUUUCCUUGAGUGUUGCCUGGCUAGAACAAGUGCAUGAAAGAAGGAUCAGGUGUGUGUGUGUGUGUGUGUGUGUGUGUGUGUGAACCUGGUAUGACAAAAAUGUAAAAUGUACAUUCCUUGCUCUGCCUACUUUUGCAUCUGGCUCCACCAACCGCUGCCAUGUGGCCCCAGAAGUUUGCCCAGAAGAGAAGAUGGCCCUCAGGCUGAAAAUAGUCCAUUGCCCCAAUACAUUGUUGUGGGCUGGGGAGACUCCAUGGAUGAAGGAGCUGGGCAAGGGAAAGAAUGACUCCUAACUAUGGGCUGUUAGUAUAAGAAAGGAAGCUGCUCUGUGCUAGGGGCAAAUGGGUGGGCCUCCCCCCCUUCCCCCUGGCUGGUAGUGAGAAAGAUGGCAGCCAGCAUGGUGCAUUGGUGAGCUGGGCUAGAGUCCUGAGAUCGAGAGCCAUGCUGAUUUCUUCUGGAAUCCAAAGCUGGGACUAUGGGAGAGGCAAGACCUUCGGCACUGUUAAUGCUGUAGGCUCAGGUUGUAUAAAUGUGUAAAUCAACCACAUAACAUUAAGACCCCACAGACUCCGCUAUCCCUCAUUCCAAGGAAACCAAACCCUGGGUAGGUGUCUGGAACCCCUGUAAUCUUGCACCCCUUGGAGGUUGCCGGGGGUGCGAGCAACAAUAUGUAAUUUAUCAGAGUUAAAAAGCUUGAAAGCGGGAGCUACCACACCAGCCAUCGUCUGUUUCAAUCAUGCAUCCAAUAGCUUUCCAAAAAGGUAAAAUAAAACAGUGGUAAAGAAAUAAAGGUUACUUCACAUCAGCCAACAGGGGCACCAACUCCUGGGGACCCAACGCUCUCUCUUCCCCCAUGUUCCAAAAAAUCAGGGCCAAGCACAGAGCUGAGUGUGCUUCAGUGGAUGGAUCCUCCUCCUCCUCCCAUGGAGGGGAAGGAAGGGGAAAGCAGCCCCUGGCCAGUGGCAGCAGGAGGAGCAGCCACCUGCCAUUGAAGCCAUGCUGCUGCCACAUUCCUGGCUCCUCUGACAUCCUGACAUGCAUUGGGAUGUCACAAGUUGGCGCCUCUGUUAUCAAAGAUGUCUUCAGAUUCUACAUUACAUGACUGGAGCUACCUUUGUCACAUCCUUGUGCAAGAUAGAGAGAGAAGAAAGAGAAUGAGGAAGAGGAAGGGCUGGAAAAUCCAUGCUUCGUGGGAAACCCCAAAGUUUACUUUCCCUGGCUGUUAGUCUCAACCCGGCCCUCUACUGGCUGGAGACAUGCUAGGUUGCUUAUACCCAACAAAUAGUUCUGCUUGAGAUCUUCCUAUUGUUUUUCUUGGUGUCAUUUCUGGAGAAUCCCUCUACUUUCCACUCAGCAAUGGGCAAGACCUUCCUGCAUUGAUCAUUAUUGCAACCUAAGAUCCCAUUUCCUGCUCUGGUGUUUGCUCUUGAGUCAUUGAUUUUCCUUCCUUCCUUCCUUCCUUCCUUCCUUCCUUCCUUCCUUCCUUCCUUCCUCCCUCCCUCCCUCCCUCCCUCCCUCACAUACAGCAUCACUUAUUCACUGCUGCUUUCUGAUGCUCAGGGAGAAUUGUUUCCACCGUCUAGAUGGUGAAUAAUGAGCUACAUGUGGAGAGUAUUCAAUGCUUGAUGCCCAGAAUUCCUGCUGGGCUCAGUGGUUUUGCUAUUCACUGGUUAGACAUAGAAAAUCCAAUGUUCCUUUCCUUUUAAUGGGAUUAAUAAGACAACACUGAACUUAGCUCAUUAUUCAAUUCCAUUGCUGCCAAAAGUCACUCCUACGGAUUUUUGGAGACAACAAACUCACCGAGAUGAAACUAUGUCAAUGUGAACGUUUGAAUAUUGGUGCAUUAAUUAAAAUGGAAUGUGUUUCUUUUCUUGCUUAGUUAACACUUCUGCUGCGCUGCUAGCACCUAAGGAGGAUAUGAGAGAGCUCAACGGAACAAAAAUAAAUAUAUAUGUUAUUAUGGAGAUAUUGACUUUCUGA